AUGGCGGAAGCAUACCAAAAAGAGUUCUUCAACGUUUCGUUCCCAGCGGAAUAUGUUGCGCACGUUGAGAUCAACCGGCCUGAGAAGAUGAAUGCUUUCAAGGAGAUCAUGUGGCUCAACCUCUCCACCAUCUUCCGCCAACUCUCCCACGACCCCUCCGUCCGCGCCGUCGUCCUAACCGGCGCAGGAGACCGCGCCUUCACCGCCGGCCUUGACGUAACCGCCGCCUCAGAAUCCGGUCCCUUAUCCUCCUCAGACGUAGCAACCCAGGACACUGCGCGCAAAGCAAACGCCGUGCGCCGACACAUUUUAGAAUUCCAAUCCUGCAUCACCGACGUUGAAAAGUGCGAAAAGCCCGUCAUUGCCGUGCUGCAUGGGAUUUCUUUUGGUUUAGCCCUCGACAUGUGUCUCGCUUGUGACAUUCGCUUUUCCACCACCACGACCAAGUUCUCCGUCAAAGAAGUCGACAUUGGUAUCGCGGCAGACAUUGGCACUUUAUCUCGCUUACCUCACUCCGUUGGGAACUUGUCUUGGGUCAAAGAUAUUGCUUAUUCUGCCCGCAUUUUCGGUUCCGACGAGGCGCUCCAACAUGGACUCGUGUCGAGCGUGUAUCAAGACAAGAAGGAGGCGGUAGGCAAGGCGUUAGAGUUGGCGAGCUUGAUCGCAUCAAAGUCACCAGUGGCUGUCCUAGGGACGAAAGAGAUUAUCAAUUAUUCAAGGGACAGACCGAUCAGUGAGGGGCUGAACUAUACAGCAGUGUGGAAUGCGGCCAUGUUGCAAACUGAGGAUGUCAAGGGUGCCAUGCUGAGUGGAUUGAAGAAGACGACACCCAAGUUCAGCAAGCUGUAG